AUGGGCCGAUUCGGUUUCAAGAAGUCCGGGGACGAUAACGAGGAGGAUUCCUCCAACCGUCUGGCGCUGUUCGGCUCGCGAUCGAAGAGCAAGAGUCCGGCACCACCUGCCAACCCCUACGCUAAACCCAUCCCGACAGACCCUUACACCAAGGCCAAGAUCCAGGCGGGAGUGGCCCCUCUACCGGCGGGAGAACAACCACCACCGGCCAACCCUUCGGGCGCCCAUAAUAUCCCCGGAGACCACAAACACCAGGGCUAUGCGCCGAAUCGAUAUGGAAAUCAGGGUGGCUAUGGAUCCGACCGCUUUGGCGGCGGGGGUGCUGCCCCUGCGGCUUCCCGCUACGGCCCUGGCGGCUACGGAGGUUUAGGCAGCGCCGAUCCCAAUGACCCCGCGGAUGGCAACAGAGAUGCUCUUUUUGGAGGCGCUCGGGAACGUGUUCAGCAACAGCAGCAGGCCGGCGGCGCUCCUCCCCCUCCCUAUUCCGAAGGAUCAGCCGCCUACGGCGGCGGCAGCAAUGAAUACAACACAUCGACUUACCAGGAGCGGAACCUCACUGCUGAGGAGGAGGAAGACGAGGAAAUUCAGACGAUCAAACAGGAUAUGCGGUUCAUCAAGCAGGGUGAUGUCGCUUCGACUCGUAAUGCCCUCCGUAUUGCUGCACAGGCCGAAGAGACGGGGCGAGAGACCCUUGCUCGUCUGGGUGCCCAGGGAGAGCGGAUUCAUGAUGCGGAGAGGAGCUUAGAUGUUGCCACGGUGGAGGGACGCAUUGCGGAGGAGAAAGCCAAGGAGCUGAAGACCCUGAACAAGAGCAUGUUCGCUGUUCACGUGUCCAACCCUUUUACCAGUGCUCGGCGGCGCCGGGAGCGUGAUGAGCGGGUCUUGAACACGCACCGAGCCGAGCGGGAUACCCGCGAGGGCACCGAGAAGGAGGCCUUCAAGACCAACCAGCGCAUGGAGCGCACAUUCAGAGAAAUCGAUAGAGAAGCAGCCAAGCAGACCACCCGCUCCCGGACGAAUGUCACUGAGCGUGCCAAAUAUCAGUUCGAGGCGGACAGCGAGGAUGAGGCGAUGGAAAAUGAGAUCGAGCAGAAUCUGGAUCUGCUGUCGGGGGCUGCGGGCCGUUUGAACGGACUUGCCCGGGCCACGGGUCGCGAGUUGGACGAACAGAACCGUCAUUUGGAGCGGAUCACCGGCAAGAGCGACUUUGUCGACGACCAGAUUGCCAUGAACCGGGCCAAGCUGGACCGAAUCCGCUAG